GCCGAGGGACAAAAUAGUAAAAACGUACCUCGAUUCCCGUCUGAUAUAGUGGCAGUUCACACACAGAGAGAGGAAAAAGAAGAAGAAAAGAAAAGAGAGGAAAGAAACAAAGAAUCAGAAGAAAGAAGAGAAAGGGGAAAGAAGAGAAAUCAAAUACACGACGAUGAUGAUGCAAGAGAUUUGAGAAAGAAGAAGAAGAAGAAGAGGAAGGUGAAUUAGAGAGGAGAGAGAAAGAGAGACUAUUUUUUUUUUUCUUCUAAAAAAAAAAACAAAAAAAAGAGAGAUUUAAAGAUGGUAGGAGGAGAUAGCGUGGGCGCAACGACGUCGUCUAGUUCAGGAGGAGGAUUAGCGGAAGCGCAGUAUGUAUCGGCGAAAACGUCGGUGUGGUGGGACAUAGAGAACUGUCAAGUGCAGAAAGGGAGUGACCCACACAAAAUCGCUCAGAACAUCAGUUCCGCACUCGUCAAUAUGAACUACUGCGGCCCCGUCUCUAUCUCCGCUUACGGCGACACCAACCGCAUCAACUCCGCCGUCCAACAAGCUCUCUCCUCCACCGGCAUCUCCCUCAACCACGUCCCCGCCGGGGUGAAAGAUGCGAGUGACAAGAAGAUAUUAGUGGAUAUGUUGUUUUGGGCAGUGGACAAUCCUGCUCCGGCGAACUAUUUGUUAAUAUCAGGAGAUAGGGAUUUUUCUAAUGCUCUCCAUCAGCUUCGUAUGAGGAGAUAUAAUAUUCUUUUAGCGCAGCCGCAGAAGGCUUCCGCGCCGCUCAUUGCUGCGGCUAAGAGUGUGUGGCUUUGGACUAGUCUCUCUGCCGGUGGCCCCCCGCUUUCCAGUGGCGAAUCGUCUCAGUUUGCUAAUGGUUUUAGUUUCCAUAGUUCGAAUUUUGAUAUGCCUAAGCCUAUGCCUAUGCCUGUGCCUAUGUCUAUGCCUAUGCCUAUGCCUAUGCCUAUGCCUAUGCACUAUUCUGUAUCGGAACCUAGUCAAUAUAGCCAAUAUAGCAGCCAACCGAUGCAAUUCAAUUCGGAUAAUCAAAGGCCUUCUAGUGGAGGUAGUAGUGGAAGUGGUGGAGGAGGAGGAGGAGGAGGAGUGGGGAGGGGGGAGAGUAAGUAUAAAGGGAAAAAUACUCGAAAAAAUGUAAAUCAGAAUCAGACAAAUGUACCGCGAUCCUCAAGUAUGCCGGAGAGUAAAAACAACAAUGACUACCCUUACCAACCGGAACAUAUGCAAAAAAAGCAGUUUAAGAAAGCCCCACAUGAAUUCUUUGGUAGCAUGGAGCCUCCUACUAGUCGGUCUUCCCCCAAUUUGUUUCAUGGCAGUGUUGAUAAUUCAGCUGGGAGUAAUGCUAGUAAUUUCGUAGGAAACCCACAAAAUCAAUAUCCUAAUCCUUUGAGGCCCAACAACCCCCCACAAAUGCAAAAUUCGUUUGGACCCGGACCCGAGAAUGUGCAUCAUUCAAAUGCUCGUGGUCAAGGUUUUCAGUCAAUUCCUCAAAGACCUGAUGGCCCUAGAUAUUACCCUCCUCCACCUGAUAUGGGUCGGUUAAAUAUCUCUGAUUUUCCCAAUUAUGCUCAAAACCCUCCUAAUGAGUAUCGGCCAAGCUCUACAGAAUCUCCAUAUCCUCCAGCUCGUGCAAACGGGCCACAAAAAGGCCAUAACCCGCAUGGUAGCCAAGGAUUUCAUCAUGAUAAUGUGAACAACAGGUAUCCUCCGCGUGGUUCUGAAUAUCCACCACCACCUGUUUCUAGUAAUGGUGGCUGGGGAUCACAAGGUCGUGCACCACCUUCUGAGAAAGUGCAAGGGCUUAUUGGUGUCAUCCUACUUGCCUUAAACACCCUGAAAAACGAAAAAAUUACGCCUACUGAAGCAAACAUAACUGAUUGCAUUCGUUAUGGAGAUCCGAAACACAGAAAUACUGAUGUAAGAAAGGCAUUGGAUAGUGCAAUUGACCAAAAUAUGGUAGUCGUGCAGAAUGUAGGUGCAGUGCAGUUCUAUGUUGGUAAAAAUGAGAGAUUAUGGAAGUGUGUGAACCCUAUAGGUGGUAAUCCUAAUCAGUACCCGAAAGCAUUGGAUAGCAUACAGAAGUUUCUUACUACCUCAGCUGGACGAUCAGCAAUGAUGGCUACUCAAAGCAGAUAUGAAGCAGCUUUGACACUAAGGAAAGCAUGUUUAGAAGGGCUUUCUUUGGGCGAAAUAUUCCAGAUCUUGAAUAUGGUCGUCGCUAGAAAAUGGAUUAAUCCUCAUCACUCAGGAUGGCAGCCGAUUUCCAUUUCUCUUUCAGAGACUAAAACUGAUAUAGGGAUUGAAACUGGUGCUUGACUUUAUCAAGUUCAGUUUUGGUACCAAAAAAAAGUGGCCUUAAGAUGGUUACAGGUGCAAGUUUAUCGUCAUUUAAUUGGAUUUGUUGACUGGAGGAACAUGGGUCACUUUUGAUAUGAACUAUAUUAUCUAAAAAACUAUGGUAGGUGGAACUUCUAGAUUGUGGAUUAAGCAGGUUAGGUUAUUUGAUUUUAUUUUUUUUCCCCUUGUUUGGCUGGAAACUAGCUGGCUUCUACAGAGAGAGAGAGCCUGCUUUUAUUAAGGUAGCCUAUUAGUCUAUUAUAAUUCCCCCACAGUGUGGCUGCUGGAAGCUGCUCUCUGCAUCAUAUUCGUAUCUUUUCAAAGGUUGUUUGGACCUGAACUAUGAGGCUUUUGUCUGAACAAGCCAUCUAUUAGACAUUUGGUUCUUGCCAGAUAUUGCUUAAUUAGAGCUACUGCUCCUUCCUAGGCCUUGUUUUUAAAUGAUAGGGUAUUUUAGGAGAGGCACUAUUGGAAGAGUGGUAAGCUUUCUUUUUAAAAACAUGAAGUCUUGAACGAGUUUCAUAGCCAUUGAUGUAUAAUCAUUUGUAGCAUGGCCGGCAUGAUCAGGUUAUGCUGACUUGUGAUAUAGGGCCCCCGGAGACAAGUUCUAUUGAAGAUGUGUCCUAUGUCUGUACUCUGUUCUGUUGAAGGUUUUGAGAUGGCAACUACAACAAAUGUGGAGUUUAGUGGUUCAGUUAAUGGACUGGAAGAAAGUUAUUGAGAAAAAGAAAGCAACUCCAUAGGCAUCAAAGAAUCUUAUAAGGUAUGCUCUCUUCAGAGUUUCUUUAUGGCUGGAGACUUUUUGUAUUGGUUUUGGAAGUAUGAGACGGAGCAUUGUCUAGCAUACGAGCGUAUGUGAAUAUAUGUUUUCGAUUUCUGGAUCAUGUAGGGUUUGGUCAUAAAUAAAUUUGCUUUGAUUUGGGUGGUACAGCUGGAGCUCUGUCUUCUACUUAGACACUGUUUGUAUCAACCAUCCUGCUGGUAGAAAACAAUACAGUUCUGGGAAGAACACUGGUAGUAGCAAUUUGGAAAUGUUUUUUUGCAUUUCAGUUCCUUUUAAUGUUGUUUUAUACCCAAUAUGUGGUAAUAGGUUGGCUUAAUACCAGUACUGAAAGUAUUUGGGUAUGCUUCAAAUAUGAUUUUAUUGCUGUUUAUUUUCUCUUCA